AUGAAAUGCGACCCCUACCAGCGCUUUUCCCCAAAACCGCACGCCCCCGCAACAGAUAUAAUGACAAUACCUCUAGCCUGGCCUUUUGCUCGGUGGGGACUCGACCAAGUUGGACCACUGCCGAGGUCGUCGCCUGGAGGGCACACGUAUUUGCUGGUCGCAGUCGACAAAUUCACCAAGUGGAUCGAAGCAGUGCCCGUUCGAAACCAAAAGGCCGAAACAGCUGUUCAGUUUUUCAGAGGAAUAACUUGUCGCUUCGGUAUGCCCCACAGUAUCGUCACAGACAACGGAUCGAACUUCGACUCGAAAGAGUAUCGGAAGUUCUGCGACGACGGAGGAAUCAAACUGAAGUUUGCAUCAGUUAGCCACCCACAGACCAAUGGGCAAGUAGAAAGGAUCAACGGCCUAAUAGGGGAUGGCCUCAAGAAACGCCUUACAGGCGCGGCUGGAGCCUGGGAAGAGGAGCUACCAUCUGUGCUAUGGAGCUUGCGCACUACGCCCAACAGAUCAACUCAGUACACCUCGUUCUUCUUGGUGCACGGAGCUGAAGCAGUCCUACCAGCCGACGUUCAGUUCGAAGCUCCUCGGGUGAUAGCAUACACAUAA